AUGUCUUUGGAGAAUUCAAAUAGCAAGGGCAAGGCUGUGGUCAAGGAGGAGGUCUCUCCACUGACGCCAGUGGAGCAGAAACCCUUUGCGGUCAUGUCUAAUCUGGACGAUAAAGCUAUGCUCAAGAAGGAGGUGGAGAAGGUCUCUCUGCCGAUCCUGGAGACCGCAGCUCCUCAUCAUCACCAAACGCCGUCGAAUGAUGUCUCUGGCAGUGACGACAACAACGACGUCCUCGGGGGGACAAGCGGCGUCCAGGAUGUGGGGUCGUCGUCGGCGUCGGCAGCCCACAUGAUGCAACAAGCAGCCAUGCAGUGGGGCGCAGUUGCUGCGCAAACGGUGAUCCUUCCGGUAUUCCAGCAACUUGACAGCAGCCGCAUCCUCCUCAUCAAAGAGGUGAUGCAGCACUGCGUCACCGCGUUGGCCACGGGGGACAUCCUGGCGGCGAACACCGGCCUGGUGAUCAUGUCGACCCUCGCGUCUGCCGACGGCGACCCCUUGCAGCGCGUGGCGUUCGCCUUCGCCGAGGCGCUCGGACGGCGCGCGUUGCAGCAGAUGCUGCCGGGCCUGUACGGUGGGCUACUGCAGCUCGACUUCCCACCGCAGCCCGCGGCAACCGGUUACACCGGCGCCACCCGCCUCUGCUUUGACGCGCUGUGCCCGCUCCUCCGCGUCGCCGCGUCGGUCGCCAACCACGCGAUCAUCACGGCGAUGGAGGGCGAGGAGCACGUGCACGUCGUCGACCUCGGCGGGGCCAGCCCAAACCAGUGGCUCGAGCUGCUCCACCUCUUCGCCGUGCGUCCGGAGGGCAAGCCCUCCUCCCUGCGCCUAACCGUCGUCAGCGAGGAGGAAGGGUUACUCUCCUGCACCGCUUGGCUGCUCCACCGGGAGGCCGCGCGCCUGCACAUCCCCUUCGUGUUCAACCCGGUGCGGUCUCACAUCGACCGGCUGUCCCCUACCGAUGUCUCGUCCUUCGGCGUGCAUCGCGCAUCAUGGCAAGAAAGGGAAGGGAAGAAGAAGCAGCCGAAGCAUCAGAUAACCAUGGCGGACGCGCUCCUUCGCGUCCUCUGCGACCUGUCUCCGAAGUUGAUUGUGCUGACGGAGCAGGAGGCCUACCACAACGGCGCCAGCCUCGGGGACCGCGUCCGCAACGCCUUCGACUACUACGCGGCUCUGUUCAACGACCUGGAGGCCGGCGGCGCGCCGCCGCGAGUCGGCGGACCGCGCGGCCGUGGAGCGGAUGCUUCUCCGGCAGGAGAUCAUGGACAUCGUCGCCCGUGA